AUGAAUAGGCCUCACGCCUUUUCCAAAGGCCAUUCCGCCUACCCUCGUGGAUCGGCCUUUUCUAUAUCUCCCAACCAAUUCCAGCCACGCUCACAACCCGCCCUCCGACGCAGAAGGCAGCUCCUCCAACGACUAUGCCUUCUCGCCGCAGUCUCCUUCCUAGUGACAAUCUUCAUUUUUCCCUCAUGGCGCGCCUUCAUCCUCCCUACCUUAUCAUUGGGCCUCCUGCAUUCCUCCGAAGACCUUCAGCUCCAAACCGUUCGAUAUUAUGAUCUCUCCGAAGUGCAAGGCACCGAAAAGGGCUGGGAACGCGGGGAGCGUGUCCUCAUGUUGACCCCUCUGCGGGAUGCUUCCUCGCAUCUCCCAAUGUUCUUCUCGCACCUCCGCAACCUCACCUACCCUCACAACCUAAUCGACCUCGCUUUCCUGGUCUCCGAUUCGCGCGAUGAUACCCUCCAAAUGCUCUCGAGUAUGCUCACAGAGAUUCAAAACGACCCGGACCCCAAGAUGAGCUACGGAGAGAUCUCCGUAAUUCAGAAGGACUUUGGGCAGAAAGUGCAACAGGAUGUCGAAAGCCGUCAUGGCUUCGAGGCCCAGGCUAGUCGGCGAAAAUUGAUGGCCCAGGCCAGAAAUUGGCUGCUCAGUGCGACGCUCCGUCCUACCCACAGUUGGGUCUACUGGCGAGAUGCAGAUGUGGAGACAGCGCCCUUCACCAUCAUCGAAGAUCUCAUGCGCCAUAAUAAGGAUGUCACGGUUCCGAAUGUUUGGCGACCACUUCCUGACUGGCUGGGAGGGGAGCAACCAUACGACCUGAACUCAUGGCAAGAAUCGGAGACCGCUCUGGCAUUGGCAGACACGCUCGACGAAGACGCGGUGAUUGUGGAGGGAUACGCCGAGUAUGCGACAUGGCGACCCCACCUUGCCUACCUGCGUGACCCAUACGGCGACCCAGAUAUGGAAAUGGAGCUGGAUGGCAUUGGAGGUGUCAGCAUCCUAGCAAAGGCCCGCGUUUUCCGCGCAGGCGUUCACUUCCCUGCAUUUAGCUUUGAGAAGCAUGCGGAGACGGAAGGCUUUGGCAAGAUGGCCAAACGCAUGAAGUUCUCCGUCGUCGGGCUGCCCCAUUACACAAUCUGGCACUUAUACGAACCUAGCGUGGACGAUCUCCGUCACAUGGAGGAAAUGGAACAAGAGCGACUCGAGCAGGAGCAGAAAGAGCGAGAGCGCGAACUUGCCGAGAAGAAACAAGGGAGCAAGUCAAAAUCCCAGAAUGGCGCUGGAAAGCCUGAUGCCGGCAAGGGCUCCAGCGAAGGUUCUGCUGCUUCGCCAGCAAAGGAUGCCGAGAAGGGCAGCUCCAAGCAAGCGAAACUGUGA